UACCAGCGUUAACAGUUUGAAGGUGAAGGUUCCUAAGACAAUUUUGAGGUUGGGGUACCUAAACGCUCAACUGACAAAAAUGUCUGUUGGCAAAAAGUGAAAUCUUAUAUUGUUUCAUUCCUAUUGGCGAGAAAAAUCACUACAUCGAUUUUCAUCACUGACAAAAUAUACGUAAAUGUCAAGUACUUCAACUAAAAUUCAAAAUUUAUGUUUUUCAAACCCUAUCUUGAGAUUAAACCUCUGAGCAAAAUGAAAAAGCCCUUACAUGCACACAUAGCACCUAACGUGCCUAGCGACUCUAAGGAAAAAAAAUUAUCUCUAACUAAUAUCUUGAAAAAUAUUCCAAGUACAGUCAUGAGUCCCGAACGAAUAGAAGAAGAAAGAAGGUUGAGUAGAGAAUCUAAAGCCAGAAAGUCUGAAAUCAGCAAAAAAUACAACGAAGAAAUAAGUAUUCGUACAGUUGAUCCCAAGAGAAAUAGAGUUGAAACGGAUCCUACCAUUACUGGGAAAGCUACCCUCAAAUUGUGUUGUGAGAUAGGCAUCGAUCAGUUAUGUUGCCAUUACAACCAGGAUUACUCCCUUUUAGCCACAGGCGGAGCUGAUGGUGUUGUGAGGUUAUAUGACACUCCGAACUUUGACUUCGCCAAAAGCAUCCGAGGAGGCAAUGACACAGAAGGUUUCACAUCUUGUGUUACCUGUAUAAAACACAAACCUGUGUUGAAACCGGACCAAAUAGAUAAUCAUUUUACUUUCACCUAUGUCAACGGUAUAGUGAAAUGCUUCAAUUACAAAAGCAAAGAAUGUAUAUUCACAAUCAACGAGAAGAGGCAAACAUACGGCCUCGCUUUCCAUCCUAGAUUGAAUAAAUUCGUUACAUUCGGAGACGAUCUGAAAAUAAACUUGUACGAUUAUGAAACGCAAGUAAAAGAGAGAACUUUCAAGAGAAGUGGAAAGAAGACCGUGCACGAUGGGCAUACUUCGAGAGUGUUUGCAGCUCAGUUCAAUCCUGCCUCUAACGCAGAAUUCUUAUCGGGAGGAUGGGAUAACACAGUCUUCCUUUGGGACUUACGCCAACCUCACGGAAUAAGAUAUAUUUCCGACGUGAAUUUGUGCGGCGAGGGUUUAGACAUCGACCAAAUGGGAAGACAGGUUUUAACUUGUUCUUGGAGGAAUGAGAAUCCAUUACAACUAUGGGACUAUUCGACGUUCCAGUUGAUCGCUACCAUCACUCCCGACGAUUAUGCUAGUAGACUUUAUUGUGGAAGAUUUAUAGGAUCUGAACUCAUAGCAUGUGGUGGGAGCAAUCCAUCCACAUUCAGAGUGGUCAACAAGGAAUCUGGAAAGUCAAGAGUGGUGAUAGCAAAUUUACCAUCUGAUGUUUACCAUUUCGACGUUGGAAAACCGAUUAAGUUUUCGACGAAUCAGAUUCCAACAAAAAAAAAGAAAACUUCGAAGGUAAUGCCAGAUGAAGAAGACCACUCAUCAGAAGUGGAUUUGAUUCCAGUUCCAAAUAUUAUGUUUUUGGCUGGGGGAAAAAUUUACCAAGUUAAAUGCUCUGCUUCGGCCAAUUAAUUCAUACUUGUCGAACUUUUUUUCUACAAAGGGAAUUCACUAAUACAUUUUUACUUAUUA